GUCGGGUGAACGGUCCAUCGAGUAGUUUGGUGUGAUGUAGACAACAAGCAGAAAAAAUUGCAUUGUUCUUUUCUUAGCGUGAGGACUACUGAGGAAUCCAAAAUCUAAAUCCAAAAUGCGCGGCCCCGUCGCUGCCGGCGGGUAUGGUGGCGGAGUCGGUAUGAACUAUGGCUCCGUUGACCCCAACCGUCGCAUCGAGCAAAACAACCUCGAUGAUCCGAAUGAGGAUUCCCGGGAUCACUACAUCGAGAACCUGGAAAUCAACGCCCGCCACGGCUUCGUUCGCAAAGUUUUCCUGCUCACCGGAUGCCAGCUGCUGAUCACGGCCGCGAUCGCGGCUCCGUUCGUCUUGUACCAGCUCCAAGCGCGGCAGUUAUCAAGUGCAAAUAUGUCAUCUGGGUCUGCGAGGAUCCAACCUGUGAUGCUGUCUUUGGAUUCUAAACAAAUCUGUAUUGCAUGACCAGCAAACGUCGGAGUCCAGUUUGUGCUACGUGGAGAGAGCGUUUCUCAUGCGGAAUAGGCAUUAGGAAGCCAUCCAAAAAUCUGUGAUGCUAGGUCAUGCGUUACAGGCUCCACGGGUCAUGCAAAAAAUGCAUGACCAAUCUGGCAAUCUUCCAGACCCAGACAUAUUUGCAAGGGAUGGCGGUUUAUCCAGAACAACAUGGCAUUGGUCGUGUUCGUAUCCUGUGCAAAAGUAUCGCACUCGUAGUAAUUGCAAACAUGCAUUACAAAUCUUGCUCUUAAGGUAAAUCCGCAUUACAAAUUUUAUUUCUCAUGCUGAGGAAAUUUGCAAUGCAUUUAUACGAGUGCGAUACUUUUGCAGUUCAUAUUUCGCCACGUUUCUCCCCUGCGCCAUGCUGUGCUACAGCUUCUGCGACCCCACGGUGACGCGCGUGUACCCCAAAAAUUACAUCUUUCUGUUCGUGUUUACGCUGGCCUUUGGGCUGAUCUGCGGGAUUGCGUGCGCGAGAUUCACAACCUGGACGGUGCUGGGCGUUGCCGGGAUGACGGCGGUCAUCGUGCUCGGCUUGAUGCUUAUGAGAGUGCACUGUUCCCGCCCUUCCCCCUCAUUUGUAUGGCAUCGACAGCAUUACAAACACCAGUAUAGGUGGACCCUGUGCAUGACAUCAAGUUCUUCAUGCGCCAAGUGUUUGUAGUACUGUUUGGAUUUUUUCCGGAAUUUGUCAUGCGCGCGGUGCCACAAGGUAGCAGCUGGAUUUGGGUUUUUGCAUGACAAAUGAGGGGGAGUUGUGCACUGUCAUAACCCUGUUCGCGUGUCAGACGACCUACGAUUUCACCGGCGCCGGCCCGUAUCUCUUCGCGGGGGUCAUGUGCCUCAGCCUGAUGGGACUGUUUUUCAUGUAUAGUUUUUGGGAAUAAUAAUUUUAAUUUCAAGGUUUUUUUUUUUUUCAUAAUUUGCAACUGUAGUACUCGCGGUGCUCCUAGUUACUGAUGUUCUCCUGCAUGACAUGAAGACUUUCGAAAUAGGAUUCGCGCAUCAAGUAUCCACAGUAAAAAAUUUCCCGUACACGUACAAAUGCGGUCUCCGCAUGACAAAACUUGCCUUCGAUUCUAGUUUAGCAUGACAAGUUUCACGCUUCAAAUUGGUAGAAUUUGUGAUGCAUCUUGUACAUGUACGGGAAAUUUGUAUUGCAUAUCACGACAUCAAACCUCCAAGGUUCCUCCCCGCGUCGCGCAUUGUCGAGGUGGUCUACUUUAUCGCAAGAAAAAACUGUUUCACUGUGAACCUGUGAUGCAGAAAAUGAAACACAGAACUAUUUGUCUUGCUACACCUGCAACGCAUUGGAUUUUGAAGCGUGUAUUUCCUUGGGAAGUGCGCAUGACAGACUUUCAGUGUCAUGUGUAACAAACUUGUAAUGCAAAACUUGCAAAAUCCUUACAGUGAAACAGUUUUUUCGUGCGAUAUACUCCGGGCUAGCAGCGUUGCUGUUCAGCUUUUAUCUGGUAUACGACGUGCAAAUGAUUGUGGGGGGAAAGCACCGCCGCUUCCAAUUUUCGAUGGAUGACUACUGUUUCGCGGCGUUGACUAUGCAUUGCAAAUAUGUGUAUGUCUGGGUCUGGAAAAGUGCCAAGUUUGUCAUGCAUAUUUUACAUGGCCAUGAUGUCUGUGAUGCAUGCCCCAGCAUCAUAGAUUCUGCCAAAGCUUUCUGAUUCUGAUGCUCAUACCGCAUGAGAAAUGCCCUCUUCGCGUGGCAAAAACGGGACCUCUUUUUAGUGUUCACGACGCAAUAGAGGUUUUAUGUAGAGUUCAAGGGUACUAGCAUCACAAGUUUCAUCCGCCCAGACCCAGACAACAUAUUUGCAGUUGAUAUUGACCCUCUACAUGGACAUCAUCCAACUCUUUCUCCACUUGCUCCAUCUAUUCGGCCAGCGGAACUGAGAUGAAGGCCGAAAAGUUAUACCGACGCGGUAGCGCUGACUACAGCGGACGAUGAAACAUACUCGAGAAUACAGGUGCAAAAAAUAAACGAGUGCUAGAAUUUGUACAUAUGCCUUGCUCGCCUUCCACCAACCGCUACGCAAUAAUUGGUUUGAUGUCCCCACUGCCUCAAGUAGUUUGUAAUCAAGAUUUUUAGCUCCCAGUAGAAGUAGAAGUAGCACGUGCUUACCAACAAGCUAUGGAUGUGUCAGAGUUGAAAUCGACAAAGUUGAAAUAAUUUGUCAUGCAUAAAAUGGAUGCCAGUUGAGUUGGAACCCAGUUUCCAAGCGGCGCAAGACAAAUUUCGUUGGUCCCAAAAUCCAGUUUGUCAUGCUUUUUAGGCAAAGAAGAGCGAUUUUCUCAUGCUACUUUAGCAGCUCGAGCUGUAACCCCAAAGAAACAGGCUUACAAUCGGCCUCACUUCCCUGCUCUGCAACAUACGUGCCUCGGGUCAUGCAUUUUAUGCAUUACAAAUUAUUUCAACUUUGACGAUUUCAAACCUGACGCUUCCAUACAAGCUCGCAACAGAAUAAACUUGAGAAAUUCGUUUCCUAGAAAGACAAAAAAAAUACCCGAGAAUACAGCAGAAGAAAGAAACCCGGUUGCAGUUGUAUGUUGUAGUGGUCUAUAAUCUUGUAAAUGAUAUACGAUAAUGUUGUGCGUUUCGAAAAAAGUUGAACCGAAGUUCCUACCAACUCCUCGCUUUUGGUGCACGAGGAACAACAAUAAAACCUAAAACUCUUUUGAUUGGUUCGCCCCUCCUGCUUGUUGUCGUG